CCCUCCUCUUCUUCUCUACGCACCCAAACAGCCCCCCAAUUCCCUUUUUUUGUUUUUUUUUCUUCUUUUCUCUAUAAGUAUCCCCUCCAUGGUGUGCCGUUACCUUUGCUCUUUUCGCAAACCUUGCUCUAGACUCUUCUUUUUCUUACUCUUUCUCGUCCUUUCUCUCUUUGUUUGCUCACCGGAACGUGUUUGUUUCUCGCGAAAAUUUGUUUUGAACUGAUAUUUUUCUUUUCUAACUCCCGCUCGGUUCGUUUGGUUGCUGACUUGUCUUAAUUCCAUCCGAUCUCUUCGGAUUUUGGUCCUCCCUAACUUAUUUUAUUCCGAAUUUGAGGUCAAUGGAACACUUCCAAAAUGAUGAUCUUGAAUACGUAACUGAUGACUAUUACGAUGUCCCUGACUUCGAAGAAGAUGACCCUUUUUCUGAUGAUCAAUCCCUCAAGAACGAUGAUAUCGAAGAUUUUGACUCAGACUUUGAGGAUGAAUUUGAAUUGGACAAGCCAAAGACUGAUACCUCGGCUUUAGAAGCUAGAAACGGGAAAGAUAUACAAGGAAUACCCUGGGAGAGGCUUAAUUUUUCCAGAGAUAAGUACCGGGAAACGCGUUUGAAGCAAUACAAGAACUAUGAAAACCUCUCGCGCUCUCGCGAAGACCUGGAGAAGGAAUGCAUGGAAGUAGAGAAGGGGAAGACCUUUUAUGACUUUCAGUUCAACACGAGACUUGUCAAAUCAACAAUUGUGCAUUUUCAGCUGAGGAAUUUGUUGUGGGCUACAUCAAAGCAUGAUGUAUACCUGAUGCAGAAUUAUUCAGUAAUGCAUUGGUCGUCGAUGCUUAGGAGGGGCAAAGAAGUACUGAAUGUGGCAAAACCAAUCAUGCCGACCUUGAAGCGUCCUGGAUUGUUGCCCCCGUCACUAUCUAGAGUGCAGAUAAGCACUAUGGCUGUUAAAGAGAAUUUAUUGGUAGCAGGUGGUUUCCAGGGUGAGCUCAUUUGCAAGUACCUGAAUCAUCCCGGAGUUGAUUUCUGCACCAAAAUAACAACAGAUGAAAAUGCCAUCACCAAUGCAGUGGACAUUUAUCAUAACCCCAGUGGCUCACUGAGGGUUAUGACUGCAAACAAUGAUGCUCAAGUUAGGAUCUAUGAUGCUGAAAAUUUUGCUAGCCUUAAUCGCUUUUCCUAUGAUUGGUCUGUGAAUAACACCUCGGUAAGUCCUGAUGGGAAGUUGCUGGCAAUACUUGGUGACAGUGCAGAGUGCUUAAUUGCUGAUGCUGAAUCUGGGAAGGUCACUGAGAACCUCAAAGGGCACCGGGACUAUUCUUUCGCCUCAGCUUGGCAUCCAGAUGGCCGAAUUUUAGCCACGGGCAAUCAGGACACUACCUGUAGGUUGUGGGACAUACGAAACCUGUCGGAAUCUCUAGCUGUCAUAAAGGGAAGGAUGGGGGCAAUCAGAGCGGUUAAGUUCUCUGAUGAUGGCCGGUUUCUGGCUUUGGCGGAGCCAGCAGACUUUGUUCAUAUCAUUGAUACCCAAUCUGGAUAUGUCAAAGGACAAGAGAUUGAUCUUUUCGGUGAGAUUGCCGGAAUAUCCUUUAGCCCUGAUGCUGAAGCACUCUUUAUUGGGAUUGCGGAUCGGACAUAUGGUAGCUUAUUGGAGUUCAACAGGAGGCAUUUUAACCAAUAUCUAGCAACAAUUUUCUAGUGGAGUGGGCGUAAAACUUGAUCACUCUUUUGGAGUCGUGGUAUAUGGACUUGUACAUUCAGCAAAAGGUCUACAUAACUGAGUUUGCAGAUUGAUCUUUUUAAUAUGUUUGAUGUCCCAGGUCUAAAAGGUGGCAUUUAUUUAAUUUGUAGUCCCUCCUAAAUCCUGGGUAGCUGCCAGUUUUAGGUAGUGGUUAUUGGUGCCUAAUUUUUUCGAAGGUGAUUUUGUUUUUAGGUUUUAAGAAAGCAGAAAUGAAAGUUUUUUAAAGCUGAAAUGAAAGAAUUCUUUUCUUUGUAGAAGAGGUGGUUGCGGUUGGUUUUGUAUAUUUUAAACAGUUAAUAAUUAAUUCUUUCUCUUUUUUCA